UCCUGUCUGUGUUGAAAGCUGUGGUGUUUGUAGUACAGCGAGCGCAUUCACAAAGUGCAACAUGCUCCAUGAGAACUAAUGCAGGGCUUGGGAAGAUUUUCCUUGCUGCUGGAAUUCUGAAGUUACUUUCUUUCAGGGGAUCAACUUUAUUUUGUUACAGAUAUUCAACAUGCCAAAGUGCAUUGUGCCCCGUUGCAAAAAUAGACACCGCAAGGGCAAGACUAGUGAGGAGUUCACGCUUCACCUAUUCCCGAUAAGUGAGGAUCGUAUCAAAUCAUGGCUAGAAGCUAUCGGACUAGAUUUUGGAGACGUAGAGGAGACCGUGCAACGUAUCAGGAAUCCAAAGACAAGAAACGCCUUUAGAGUUUGCUCAGAACACUUUACUUCAGAGUCAUACCAUCUUGUUGGUGUCAGACAGUGCCUGAAGCCUGACAGCAUACCUUCCAUUUUCUCCCGUGUGAUUAAUUCACCUAAAGUACCAGAUUGCACAGAAGUAUCCACUUCAUCUCAGUCUUCUAACGGAUCCGAAAUUCAGCCGUCAACCUCAUUUGAAAACUGUCUUGCUCAGGCAAAAGCAACUGCUGGCUUAGUAAUACCACCACCACGUAAGCGCUUUAUGGACCAUGACUACACUGAUGAAAGUAGUCCAUUCACAUUUAACACCUGUGUCUCUGAGGGAACAAAUACAGAAACACCAAAAACAUCGGACAAAUCGACAUUUACACUCAAUUACGGGAGGCGUUCAGUUUCAACACAGACAUCCUUUUUCCGUGGUAAAAGAAAUUGUAAGACCUCAACCGAUAGAUUGAUAAUUAUGAAGGAUGUUGGUACAUGGACUGGUCUAUUUGAAGAUCUGUUAGAGCAAACUGAUGUCUUGGCUCAGAAAGUAGAGUUUCCUGCUACAUCUGAACACUCAAAGCCAACUAAGCAAAAAAAGAAAAAAACAACUGUGGCUUCUAAGAAAAGCCUUCACAAACGUCCUCUUAAACGUGGCAUUCGGACCUCGUCGAAAUUAGGGUUAUCGCGUGUUCUUAAAGGAAGAAAUAAAGUGAUAGAAGAAAGUGAAUCAGAUUUGGAUGCAUUGUUUGAAUCAUCUGAAUGUGAAGAGCAUUCUCCCACCUAUUCGGAUUUUACUGUAGAAGUUGAGGCUGAUGUAGAUGAACUGCCCUUUGUUAGAGAAGCUUCUCCAGAAGAUAUAGUGGCACAAAAAAAAUUUCUUGUUUUUGAGACCUGCCUUGAUGACUUACUAAGAAAUUUAACUCGGUGUGCUCAUCUGGACUCAUGUGAUGCACCAAUCAUCCAACGUCACAAAGAAAUUACUGGAACAGUACUUAUCGUCUACGGUACAUGUGCAAAUUAUCAUCAGAGUGAACUAUGGAGAAGCCAACCGAUGAUUGGGACACAAGCUGCUGGCAAUGUUUUAAGCAGUGCAUCCAUAUUGUUCAGCGGGGGAAACUAUGCAAACGUUGCAGAGAUGUUCAAAAUACUUGGAAUGCCUUUCAUUUCAAAAUCGGCACACUUGAUUAAUCAAAAAAAAUUCCUAUUUCCUGUAGUUGAUUUAUACUACAAAAAAGAACAGCAGGCCAACAUAAUCUCUCUGAAGGGGAAAGCAUUAUGCUUGUCUGGGGAUGGUCAUUGCGAUAGCCCUGGGUUUUCUGCAAAAUAUUACACGUAUAGCUUGUUGGAGGAAAAAACCAACAAAAUCAUCGAAUGCCAGACAGUUCAGGUAUCUGAGAAAACAUCAUUGGUUGCUAUGGAAACAAAAGCCUUCAGAAGGUGCAUGAAUAAUCUUUUAAAUCAUAAACUGAAGAUUGGUAUCAUUGCCACAGACAGACAUACUGGAAUUCAAAAAAUCAUGCGUGAAGAAUACAAAAAAAUUCAUCAUGAGUUUGAUAUAUGGCAUUAUUGCAAAAGUUUAACAAAAAAAUUGACAACAAUAUCAAAAAAGAAGUCCUGCGAAGUUUUAGCACUAUGGACAAAAUCUGUUGUAAAUCAUCUGUGGGCCUGCAGUUCCCUUUGUAAGGGCAGUGUUGGUAUGUUACGUGAGAGAUGGAAUUCACUUCUACGCCAUAUUGUGAAUGUGCAUCAGUGGGAUGAUGGGACACUAUUUCACGCAUGCGACCAUCCGCCUAUAACAGAGAAUGAGGAAAAAAGUAAAGCCUGGCUGAGCAUAGAGGGUGUGCCCUACAGACAGAUGGAAAGUGUCAUUUUGGAUCAAAAGCUUCAAGAAGAUCUAGAGCAUCUCAGCCAAUUUUGUCAUGCUGGAGGUCAGGAGGUAUUCCACGAUAUAUUGAUGAAGUAUAGACCAAAAGGAACUCAUUUGACAGUGGAUGGCAUUGUAGCGAGAACACAACUUGCUGUUCUGGCACACAACAACACUGUUAACAAGCAACGUGAUUAUGGAGAAAUAGGGGGUGUGACCCGCCUACCGUAUUUCCCAAAGCGAUCACAAACUUGGCAAAUCAAAGCUCUUUAUGAAGAAAACUACAUAGACUACAUUUACCCCAUGUUGGCUGAUGUUAUCAGAAUGGCCUCUGGUGACCUGGCUUUGCAGUGGGAGUCUCGGUCCAGAAGACUUUCUCAAAACAUUGCAUCAAUGCCACAUCCCUGAAUGAUUGCUGUUGUCAAAAACACACAUUGUAAAAUGAAUGACCAUUAUCAUGUCCCUUUAUUAUCUUUCUGUUGUAUAAAGAUUUUAAAAUAAGUUGUCAAUUAUAAAUGUUUUACAGUGAAAAAAGAAAUUAUUUUCUAAUGUAUUGAAUCUGACUAAAGUUAUACUGUUUUGUAA